GAGAUUCUCGCGCGGCAGGCGCCCGUGGCCAACAUGGCGGACGCCCAGCUGCUGCUCAAGCGGGGUCCUUCCCGCUCCACGUGGCUGCGGGCCCGCAAGGCUCGGCCCCAGCUGGUCCUCAGCCGCCGGCCCCGCCGCCGGCUCGGGACCCUGCGCUGGUGCGGCCGGAGGCGCCUGCGGCGGCGGCUGCUACAAGCCCAGGCGGCCGGCGCGGACUGGCGGGAGAGCGGCUGCCUGGUGUCGCGCUCGGCCGCCCGGAGGCCCAAGACCGCGGCCCCCAGCCCGGCCCCGGCCGCGGCCCCCGCCCCGAGUUGCCCCACGACCCUCCCCAUCCCGCCGGUGCGGCCGGCCGGCCCGGGCCGCGCCUUGCUGCUGCUGCCGCGGGACCAGGGUUUUACUUUUAGCGGGAUCUGUCGUGUGACGUGCCUCUAUGGCCAGGUGCAGGUGUUAGGUUAUACCAUCAGCCAAGGCCACCCUGCCCAAGAUGUCUUCUCUACCUACACUCAUUCUCGCCUUACUAUCAACGCAGUUCAUUACUCUGUGCCUGAGAAAAGCAAGAAGGAGGUGAAAAGGGAAGCCCGAGCUUUGCUCAGAUCUCAUCUUAACCGGGAUGACAGAUGCUGGUUGAUGAAGAAUUUUUCUCCUCUGUGUUCCAUUGUGAUGUUGGAACAGCUGAGAACCUCCACUGUAAACUUCUUAGUCAGCCACCCGGGUUUAUCUUACGUCUUUGUACAAGAGAGCCCAACCUUCCAGAUUAACUCUGAACAUUUAGCCCUGAGGUCUGUUGGCAUCAAAAGAGAGAAGAAGAAGAACGGCCUUCGUUUAACUGAGAGUGCCCUGUCUGCCAUGGAAGAGCUAGUCACUGUGUCCUGUGAAGAAGUAGAUGGCUGCCCUGUCAUUCUGGUUUGUGGCUCUCAGGACGUUGGAAAGUCAACAUUUAAUAGAUACCUGAUUAACCAGUUGCUAAACAGUAUUUCCUGUGUUGACUAUUUGGAAUGUGAUCUGGGACAGACAGAAUUUACGCCUCCAGGUUGCAUUUCCUUACUUAAUAUUACAGAACCAAUUCUAGGACCACCUUUUACUCACCAGAGGACACCACAGAAAAUGGUAUAUUAUGGGAAACCUUCUUGUAAAAACAACUAUGAGAAUUAUAUUGAGAUAAUACAGUACGUGUUCAGCUCCUACAAGAGAGAGGCCCCUCUCAUCGUCAACACGAUGGGCUGGGUGUCAGACAAGGGGCUUCUGCUUCUCAUCGAUCUCAUCCGGCUGCUGUCUCCCAGCCACGUGGUCCAGUUCAGUUCCGGGCGGAGUAAGUACAUGCCAAACCUCACUCCUGACUAUGUAGACGACAUGGACGGCCUGUACACAAAGAGCAAGUCCAGAAUCCGGAACAGAGGUUUCCAGCUGGCGGAGUUUACAGAGAGUUUGGAAUUUGCCGAUGAAGAAAAGGAGAGUCCCGUUGUGUUCACUGGACAUAAGCUGAUUUGCGUCCAGUCAGACUUUGCAUUUAGAAAAACACCAAGAAAUAGAGAGUCGCAUAACAAAGUUCUUCGUGAUCUGGCGGUACUGGGUUACCUCGGCCAGCUGCAGCCCCCGGUGCCAAAACCACUUUAUCCUUUACAUGGUCUGACACCCUAUCAGGUCCCUUUCAAUGCAGUUGCUCUCCGAAUUACUCACGCUGACGUCGCUCCUACCCAUAUAUUGUAUGCUGUGAAUGCCAGCUGGGUUGGUCUUUGCAAGAUCCUAGAUGAUGUUAGAGGGUACGCAAAUGGACCAAUCCUGCUCGCCCAGACUCCAAUCUGUGAUUGUUUGGGAUUUGGAAUUUGUAGAGGGAUCGACAUGGAGAAGCGGCUGUACCACAUCCUCACUCCUGUGCCCCCAGAAGAGCUAAGAAAUGUGAAUUGCCUAUUGGUCGGAGCCAUUUCCAUUCCGCAGUGUGUCUUCAAGAGCCAGCGUGGGCUUGAAGGGACAAUACCUUACGUCACAACAGAUUAUAAUUCUAAACUUCCUGGAGCAUCAGAGAAAAUUGGAGCAAGAGAAACCGAGGAGACACGUGAAGAGAAAGUACACCCAAAACCUAAGCUCUAUCGAAAAAUAAACUGAUACUGAUGUGGUCCAUAGGGGCAGGAGCUUUUCUACCAGAAAACUCGUCUCGGUCUGCAGCCUGACGUCAGACUGACGGCGAUGGCGGGAAUUGUGCAGUGACGCAGCAAGCGAGCUCCCUGGGUAACUCGUGGAUCUGUUGAGAGUAAAUUUAACUCUUUUUUUUUUUUCCUUAUGUUUUUCUUAUUUAUUUUUGAGACAGAGACAGAGCGUGAGCUGGGGAGGGGCAGAGAGAGAGGAAGGCACAGAACCUGAAGCAGGCUCCAGGCUCCCAGCUGUCAGCACAGAGCCUGAUCUGGGGCUCGAACUCACAAACCUUAAGGUCGUGACCUGAGCCAGAGUCAGAUACCCAACCAACUGAGCCACCCAGGCACCUCUAAAUUGAACUCUUUUCCAAGCUACGUGAUCUAGAGUUCUGCCCUAGUGUACUGUAUGGUUCGUCGUACUUUUUUAUUUUCUAAAGGGUUAAAGCAACAGGAAAAAGUUUGAGCAUCAUUAGAACAGAAAGAACACAGUUGAUGCCUCAAAAAACUCUUUAACGUCCUGGUUUUGGGAAUCUGAAUAAAAAUAGGGAAACUGGGGCCACAGAAAUCUACCAAAGAGGAAGGAAGGCCGGCCAGCGGGGUCGCAAGCAUAAAAGGAUGUGGGGGCUCCCCUCGUCCUCGAGCAGCGAUGGCAGACGGGCAGGAGGUCCAGCAGUGGGCUCCACUUGUGGACGGUCAGGGCCAGGCGGUCGUUCUCAUCCCGUCAUUUGGUGCUGUCCACGUUCUCUUCCAUUCCUGUGGCGUGGUGUGUCCGGUGUUAAAAGAUCAUGUUUGGUCUGCUCAAUUUAAUCAAGGCUUAGUAGUUAACAAAGUUUGGACUCAAAAACCCUUUGUAUUUUGGAGGUUUUUUUUUUGUUUUAUCUGAUGACUGUAAGCUGAAAAAGUUGCUUUGAAAUCCAGGAAACCUUUCCUGUGGCCUCCUUACAACUCUGUCUAUCCUAAUUGACUUUUCAUCUGAGGUUGAAGACCCACUGUGCACAGAGCUGCACACCAGGCUGUUGGAAGGACGGACAGGGCACCUGUGGGAAGCCCCAUCUUGCCUUUGACAGCUGGACCUGAACUCGUAUGUAAGGACGGACAACUCUGUGUCACGAGCGGUUUCUCCUAGGGGCACUGGAGGCCGGCGAUGACGCCGUUCUCCCAGAUGGCUUUGGGGAAGAUGAUGGGAAUCCAUCCUUUGCCUUCUUCCCGGUUAUGCCAGUUCCUGAUCCCCCAGGGUUGGAAGUGGUUUCAGUAAACAAGGGUGUCAGGUGG